AUGAGGAAGCAAAUCCCAGCUAAUGCUGAUUUUUCAAUGAUGUUAACCCUUCCUCAGCUUGAUAAAUUAAUCACCAAUAAAUUAGAAAGCAUCUCAGAUGCUGCAAUUGCUGGAAAGAACGAGAACAUGAAACAUUUAGAUGAUCUCGAGAGAUUCCAAAUAUUGCUUCACCAUCCAAGGUCAAAGAAAGUACCAAAAAUGAUUGGCCAUAUCAUUAAGACAACAAAAUCAGAUCUUGUCAUUAAAAAUGCAUUUUCAUUAAUAAUCGACAUACUUUCCGGACCAAACGAGUUUGCUGACAGACUUGAAAACGACCAAUCUUCACACAAGAGCAGCGCUACUCUCAAUCUUGUCGGUGUAGAAAAAUCUUCUGACACAAUUUCAGUUUUUUCAUCAUAUUUAGAGUUAAUUCCUGUUGCAUUCCCACACUUUAUCCUUGACCAGCAGGACCAGCUCCUCGAAACCAUUGCUUUGACUUUGACUCAGUUGACUCCGAAUGCAUCAAAGUCACAACCACAAUUGAGCUUCAACAUUUACAUCUCCCUUACGAAAGUAUGCCUCGAGAUCUUCUCAACAUACUCGAAGCCGGACUCUCCAAAGAAAUUAUUACUGAACUUUGCAAAGCAAGUUCUUGGUCAAGCUAUUACUGUCGCAUCCAUGCUUUCAGAGUACUCGAAGAAGUCCAAAAUACAAAUUUCAUCUUACGCUGGCUACAUUGGCGAACUAUUGCCAUUUGUCGCUUCAAUUGAAAAGGCUAGUGCUGAUAUCGAUAUCGAAUUAUCCAAAUUACUUCAGCAGUUUUGGAUCUGCUGCGUUAUUUUUGCUUCGUCAAAUAUCAAUCUUUUCUUCUCACAAUGGGAAGGAGCCUUAAACGUUAUCGCACAUUUCUUCCCCUCGCUCAUCCAUGGCCAAACGAGAGGCGAUUUUGCUACAGUUAAAUUCCGCGUUCAAGAAUUGUUGAAUUUAAUUCAACCAGUAUCAAUGACAAAGGUUCAAGAUGUCAUUCCGAUCUUUACUCGCCAUAUACCAACAAUCAACAUCAAGAUUCUCCAGGAAAUGGAGCUUCCUGACGCAGUUUACGCCUUAUCUCUAUUUUCACUCGAAAAACUCAGAGCCCACAAGGGAAUUAUUUCUCCGUUCUUCAAGUACUUCGAAGUCGAAUAUACAGCGAAUUUCUCCGCAAUUUUAGAUGCGAUGGUUGAUCCGCUUUUCUCCAAGUUUAACAAGGCAAUCGAAUCAUUCGAGGACCCCGAUGAAGGCAGGCGCUGCGCAAAUGCUGCAAUGGUUACUUUUGUCGAGAGAUAUACUUGGCCGGUCGCAAAAGUACGUAGUAUCGUAGAUACUCAUAUCAAGAACUUCGUAAAUGCACAUCCAUUUGUAUUAUUCGACGUCAAAGUACUCAGAGCUCUCUCUAAUUCCGUUGAAUUGAUGGAAUCUCAAACCCCAGAGCGCCAAACAGCCUUCCAAGGUAUCAUACAAGACUUAUUUACAAAGUGCAUCACAGCAGCUCCCUACGCUUUCAUGGCAAUCCUUCAACAUCUCGUUGUUGACCAAGGUCGUGAAGCAUUUUACAGCGAACAGCCAUCUUUCGUACAUACAAUCUACAAUUACUUAACAUCGCUUCAAAAGGAGCAGUUUACGACCGAAUUAAUUUUGAAAUGUCUUUUGAGAGGCGAAGCAAGCUUUGUCACCAAGGAACAGAUCAGAGCCGUCCAGUACCAGUCCGACAGAUUAUUACUAACUGCUUCUUACGCAGCUCUCCGCGAAGAUGAACAAAUCUUGUCAGAUCUCGUCACAACAGCUCCACAGAAGACAUUAUUCAUUGCCUGGUCGCACUGUGUAAUGAACGGUUCACGUAAAAUCGCUGGAGCCAUGUCCAGACUCUUAAUAACGAAAUUUGCCGAGACAAUUAGAACCAGAACCGGCAUUUUCGGCGACAAACUCGACAUGGUUACCAUCGAACUUCAGAAAUCCAUUCUUCUUUUCUUCAUUGAGCAAGCAAUGAUUGGCAGAGAUCUUUCAUCAGCCACUCCAGCCCUUGCACACGCCUUUGAAGUUCCAAUUCUCAAUCACCCAGCCUCAAUCAUUGUUGUUCUUCCUCUUGCGCAGUUAACCUGCUUCCUUGGCACCUCAGUAGACAACAAACUCGCAUUGAGAUCCAUUGAAGGCUUCAGAAUCUUCUUCUUCAAACUUGUUCUGAGGUCAUACUACUUCUCAAGCAACCAGUUGGUCUACAAGUACAUUUCAGAGGACGAAGUAAAGACCCUGGAAAACUUGAUAGAAAUAAUGGACCAGCAGUCUCAAAGAAUUUCUCAAGGACCGAAACAAGAAGUUUCAUUGAGGAGUUCUCAAGGUUCAUUAUACGGAACAGAGAUGACGAGGAAAGAGUGCAUUUUAGCUGUACAGAGAGCCACAACAAACUUUGCAUCAAGAGGAGUGACAGACAACAAACUCGCGCUGAGAUUGACAUCAGUGAUCACUUUCAUGAUCUGUUCCGAACUCCAGACAUUCCUUUCCUAUCUAAACAUCACUCCUUCGCCUGCAACACAGAGAUUGCUCGCUUUGCAUCAGUUGAAACCACAGUCAAUCCAUCUCUCUUCGACUGUUCCUGUUUUGUACAAUGAAGAUCCAGCUGCUAUCUACACAUUCGCUGCUCUUCCUCAGAUAGAGAACUUGAUGUCGCCAAUCCUCCUCAAGAUAAUCAAAAACACAAUGUUCCACGCUGCAACAGUUCCAGAAAUGUCACUUUUCUUGGCAAAACAACAAGCAUUUGACAAAUCUAAUUUCCUGUUUUGGAGUCCAUUGAAACCUGUCCAAGCUUUAUCGUUAUUAGUUCCAGAGAUCAUGAAUGACAAGAGAUCUGCUUCUUACGUUGCCAGAUGUUUCGAACAGUUCACAAGGGAUGAAUCAUUAAUGUUUAUUCCACAACUAGUUCAGUCAUUGAGAUUCGAUACACACGGUGUGAUGCAGAAGUUCCUCAUGAAGUUCUCUGAGUCAGAAGAAGUUUUCUCACAUUAUUUGUUGUGGAACAUUUUGGCAGAAAAGAACAACCACGUUACAGAGAAUGACAAUUUACCACAGAUUCUUACACAGUUGGAGACAAAGAUCAUUGAUCACAUGACACCACAACAGAGGACUCUUUACGAAGCAGAGUUUAAGUUCAUCGAUGAUUUGGAUCUUGUUUCACAACAUUUGUUGCCAUUGGAAAUUCCAAACAGACCUUCUGCAUUGUUUGACAAGUUGAAGGACAUGAAUAUUCCAGAAGGAUUGUAUAUUCCUUCCAAUCCAAACUACAAGAUCAUUUCUAUCGAUGCAGAGAACUCAGUUCCUUUGAAGAGCCACGCGAGAGUUCCAAUUCUCGUCAAAUUCAAAGUUUACGACGACAGAGAUGAAGAAAAGAAGCCAAUUCCAUUCGCAUGCAUCUUCAAGAUCCACGAUGAUGUCAGACAGGACGCAAUGAUGUACCAGUUCAUCGAGGUAUUCAAGGGAAUCUUCAGAGACGCAGGAAUUGACUGCUUCGUCUAUCCAUACAGAGUUUUCGCAACAGGAGAAAACAGAGGUGUCAUUGAGUUGAUUCCGAAAUCAAAGUCAAGACACGAUAUCGGUUCUGCAACAAACGAAGAUUUGCUUCACUACUUCAUUUCGAAGUACGGACAGAUAGGAACAGCCGCAUUCAACAAGGCCCAGGAAAACUUCGUCAGAUCAAUGGCUCCGAACUCUUUGAUUUGCUAUUUGUUCCAAGUCAAAGACAGACACAACGCAAACAUCAUGAUCGAUGAAGAUGGUCAUGUAAUCCAUAUCGAUUUCGGUUUCAUCUUCGAGAUUUCUCCAGGUGGAAAUAUGAAAUUCGAGAGAGCACCGUUCAAGCUUUCAAAGGAAAUGAUCGAUUUGAUGGGCGGAUCAAAGGAAGCCGCUCCUUUCAAGUUGUUCAGGAAGCUCUUGAUCCAGUGCAUGUUCGCUGCAAGAGCAAGACACGAAGAGAUAGAAGCAAUCACAAACUUGAUGAGAUCUGCUGGAUUCCCUUGCUUCAGAGCUGACUCAAUUAAGAAGCUGAGAGAGAGAUUCUGCUUCGGAAUGACGCCAAAGGAAGUCGUACAAACAGUUGACUCUCUCAUCGCUGGUUCUUAUGAAGCUAUUACAACAACUGGUUACGAUGCUUUCCAGGCUUCUCAGAACAAGAUUUACUUCUAA